CAUUGCUGAUGUCUUUCUGCCCUGGCAUUGUGCAGAUACUGUUAACUGAGAAAACGUCUGCUUUUGUACAUGUGGUCACAGUUGCUAACAAUCAGUUAAUCCGAGAUGAUUAGCAGCACCUGGCACCUACGCUUCCCACCCGGAUCCAAUGGAAGCACCAAGGAUGUACUCACUUUUUGCACAGCAUUUUUGCUUUGGAUUUGUUCUUUUAUUUUUAAUAAUGACAGAGCACAAUCUGCUGGGCUAGAUCCUGGUGAAGAUCAUUUUUACUAUAUCUGGAUGCAUAAAACCUCAGAAUUGAAAGAGGGUGUACUUUCUUUUUUUUAUCCUGCCUGUAUUAUUUGAUUAUGUCCAGUAAAAGCUAAACUACAACAAAAAAAAAGGUCACCCAGCUAAGAUAAACAGAAUCGAAGUACGUUCCUCGUUUUGUUGCUGUACGUAGUGACGCAGAGGGAGCACGUCGUGCCAGGCGUGCUGCGUCAUAUCUGCCAACACAUCCGCCGCUCGGUGGCCGGCUCCCAGGCAGCCAGCCGCCUCAGGCCCCGCUCCUCCCUGAUCCGUUAUCCGCUAAUCACCAUCACCGACCCCCGGUGGAAGCAGACGCGGCUCCGCCUCGGCCAUGAGUGGAAGGAGCCGCUGAGACCUUCCCAUCCUCCGCAGGAGAACCGGGACUUUUUAGCUCGGUGUAAAUGCGGUGGAGCUUGAGGCGCAGCAGCUGUGGUGAUGGUGUUGGACUCAGGUGAAGUCUUCAUGGAUCAGGUCAAGGAUGAAAGCGUCAGGCACCGCUCGGAGCUAGAUGUCCAUCCAGAUCCGCCCCGAACCGCCAAACCUCUAGCCAAAAAGAGCAAUGUCACCAAGAAGGAGAAGGUGUCCCACAACGGGGUCCCGAGUCCAACCGGUGUUGGUCCAACGGUGGGGAAGAGAACCAGGACACCGCUCUGUCGCCCUCUGAGUAUGGAGGUGACACCACAGCGUCUGAGAGGGUCUCAGGAGGGGACUGACAGGAGUGUCCUGCAGCCUCCGUGGCGCAGUGGGUCGGCCACCCCCUCGCCUCCGACCCGCAGCCUUACCAGCCUUGGAGCGGGCAGUUGGAUGCGGCGCAGCGAAAGCACCUGCUCCGUAAACUACCCCUUGGGUCUGCGGGCCGGCAGGGGGCAGAUGCGACCCGCCACCUCCCUGCCUCACAUAGCUAAAGCGGGGGUCCACAUGGCAGCCCGGCCCUGCCUGCUCGUCGCUCUCAGACCCCUGAACCUGGAGCAGGAGAAGCAGACGUUCUUCCAGUCUGACUACAAGUAUGAGCCUCAGUUUGAAUAUGCCCAGCCCGAGCCGAGGAGUGUGCUAGACAAGUAUAGGGAGGGUUCGGGUCUCUUCCUGGAGCAGGCUGUAGGAAUCAUGGAGUGUGUCCUGAGGAAGUUCGGCUCCUACGAGAACUUUGAGGAGGUGACGGGUGGCAGCGUCCUACCGAAGAGUCAGGUCUGGGCAGCGGUACGGAAAUACCUGCAGAAGGAGGGUUGCGUGGGGGAGGUGGUGGUCCGUCUCUCUGACGAGCUGCUGUCGCAAGCAGUCAUGGUGGUGGAGAGCUGCCGUCCCACUCUGACCAUUAACAUGGCCGGGGCUCGCCAGCACUGGCUGGAGGGGAUGCUGAGGCACGAGAUCGGCACGCAUUACCUGCGCGGCGUGAACAACAACCUGCAGCCGUGGUCCUCCGCCGAGAGCAGGAAGCAGUUCUGUCUGAAGCCGGCCAACCCCACGGAGGAGGGCCUGGCCAGCCUGCACAGCGUGCUGCUGAGGAAGCAGCCAUACCUGUGGCGCGCGGCGCUGCUCUACUACACGGUGUACCACGCCUCCAACAUGAGCUUCAGCCAGCUCUUCGACCACAUCGCGCGCUUCGUCCAGGACCCGGACGUCCGCUGGGAGUACUGCCUGCGAGCCAAGAGGGGACAGACGGACACCUCGCAGCCUGGCUGCUUCAGCAAAGAUCAGGUCUACCUGGACGGGAUCCUGCGGAUUCUCCGGAAUCGAAGGAAUAUUGACUUUAAGAUGCUGACUUCUUUAGGAAAGGUCUCUUUUGAAGACGUGGAGAGGCUGCGUUCCUUCGCAGCGCUGAAUCGGACCAGAAUCCCGCACUUCAUGCGCGACCAGGAGCGGUACCUGCAGCACCUGGACCACAUCGUCUCCGUCAAUGAGCUGGACGAUCCGACGCUGGAGCAGCUGCUUCCCUGAACGGGCCGUCCUGCGGGGUGUUGGUACAGACUGGGUCAUCUGAUGCCCUGAUUCUUACUGAAAUAUCCGGUCUUAUUGAUGCUUUAUCCGAGAAAAUCUUUCUGUUGGUUUUAUAAAACUUGAAGAAUCUUGGUUUCUACUCUGAUGCAUGUUUGAGUAGCUUUUUCACACGGAUCAGUGCAGUUUAACUGCGCCCUCCUGCUCCCUUUAUGAAGUUAUCUCAGUAUCACUCUAAGUAAUCACCAUUAUAUAUGUAGACUCGCAUAACCAUAGAUGGCACGCUUUAUUUAUGCACUUGUUUAAGUUUUUGUUACUUUGCAAGAACAAACUGAAUGUCACUGAUGUUAGCUUUAUAUUUCAUUUUUUAAACAAUGUUUUUAUGCCUUAGAUUGUUUGCAGUUUUAAAGAGAGAUCAUCAAGGACACAUCUUUUAAAAGCCUCGCUUUAACUGAGGCUAUGAAUCUUAAAAUAUCAAGUGCCACUGGACUCAGUCCAGCGUUUUACCCCCAGCAGGUUGUAAUUAUCAGUGUUAUUAUGAAGCUAAUCAGCAGUGUUGUCUUAACUGUGUCCUUGCUGGGCUUUUAGUUUGCUACUGUGAUGCGACCCGUCCCGGAGUUCGCCCGCUGCAACAACCAAACCUUCCAUUGUAACACGAAGGAAAUGGUUCAACAUUUGGGAUCUUUGCAGAGAUGUUUGGUUUAUCUCCUCUUGUCUUCAUGUUAAACAAGGUAGCAGGCAAACUAGACGUUGAUGAAUACCACCACUAAAGGUCAGGAUUUUUAAACAGAAAACAUGAUUCAUUCUAAUUGUUUUAAAUUUACUUUGAUGGAAAACAACAAUUUUAGAAGAUGAGGGUUUUUUACUGGAGUCCAAAAACAUCUCUGAGAUUAAAAGCUUGGACAUCUAACAGAGCGGGUGAUGCACUAAACUCUGCAUUUCUUCUGAUUUGAUCCAAUAGUUUAAUAGUUUUAACUUUUCAGAAUGAGGCAGAUUAAACUCCGUGGGUUUGAAUGAAAUGAUCGGCUGCAUAUGGGAUGACAUCACACACCUCUGCUAAAUCAUAAACCUCCCAAAUGUUGAACCGAUCCUUUUUUUCAAUAGAUGAAAUGCCAAAGUGGCGUCUUUAACUGUUUUUAGGGCUUUUUGUGAAGCAGCUGAACCCGGCUACUCCUUGUGGUUCCUGAUCCAGAUGUUUCAGCUGGAAGAGGUGGAGGCCGGGUGUAGUGGGCGUGCCUUCGAUGGGUGUAGAGCUCAUCUGCUGUAGCUAAUUAUCCGUGUUUGUAGGCGUGUUUUACUUUGACACUACAGAUGUUAGUCAGGGCAUUCAGUUUGGGCCGAGCUGCCAGAGCAGACUGGGAGAUCUGGGUCAAAGGCCUUGUUUUUAACUAGAACCAGUCACCCAAGAGGUGGACUCUGAUGCAUUUUAAAUACUUGGAUUCAAUUUUUCAGAUGCGACUGAAGUUUUCUCUGCUGUGUUUACAGUUUAGGUCAAUUAAGCAGAAAUGUUUUAAAUCUGAGCAAGAUGUCUUGUUCAGAACUUCGGCUCGGAUUCUUCUAAACGAAUGCACCGACCUGUAAUGCACCAAUGUUGCACAAGUGUUUUAUGUUCUGGAAAUACAUCUUGAAGUUCCAGUGUAAUUUAUUAAACACAUGCACUUAUUAAA